AUGACCCAAUCCUUCGUGGGUACUUUUGUGGAUACUCCCACACCGGGUGAAUUGAGGAUAAGGAAAGACCACUUGAUGGCUAUCUCCCCUGAGGGGUUUAUAUCCCACCUCUCACCCAUCCACUCCGAAUCCUCCCAACUACUCCUAUCCGACCAUUCCUCUGUAGCCCCUAUCGAGCUCCCUAAUGCGUCGUUCCUCCUACCUUCAUUUGUGGACUUACACCUGCACGCUCCGCAAUACCUCUUCAACGGGACGGGUUUAGAUCUCCCUCUACUGGAAUGGCUAGAGAAAUACGCCUAUAAAGCUGAAGAGAGAAUUGAUGGUUCAACAGAACUUGCUGAGAAGGUGUAUGAAGUGUUGGUUAGGAGGUUGUUGGAUAAUGGAACGGGGUGUGUUAGUUUUUUUGGGAGUAUCGGAGUGGAAGCGAACCUCAUCCUAGCUAAGAAAAUGCAGGAGUUGGGAUUGAGAGGGUUUAUAGGUAAAUUAUCGAUGGAUCAAUCACCGCGUCCCACAUACGGUGAAUCAUCAGCUGCAUCCUCUCUUUCGUCCAUCUCCCAAUUCCUAGAUUCGCUCGAUGGCUAUCUCGCACAGUUCCCAUCCCACGAGCGACUGGUUCAACCUAUUAUCACACCUCGAUUCAUCCCUGUGUGCUCGGAUGAGUUGCUGGUUGGAUUACAGAAAUUGGCGAAAGAGAGAGAUGUAAGGAUACAGAGUCAUAUGUGCGAAGGGAGGGAUCAGAUGGAUAUGGUUCUGAAAAGGGGGAAAGGACAGGAUCAUGAGUAUUGGGAUGAGCUCGGCUACUUAGGUCCCAAGACUCUCCAAGCGCACGUAACUUACCUCGACGAAGAGAUGAUCCCGCUUGUGAAAGAUAGACAGGUCACUAUGGCACAUUGUCCUUUGUCAAAUGCGUAUUUAUCAGAAAAGCAGUUUCCGUUGAGAGAAGCCAUCGACAACUCCCUUUCUGUUGGUCUUGGAACAGACAUCGCAGGAGGAUACUCCCCCUCGAUACAAACGCAGAUGCGUCAAGCGGUGAUAAUCUCCCGAAUGAGAGAAGGAGCACGAUGUGAAUCUAUGAAUUGCAGUUUUGCCGAAUCGACCCAAAAGGAAGGUCAACAUCUGAAGGUCGAUUGGAAAGAGAGUCUGUACCUUGCCACGAGGGGUGGUAAGAAGGGGAUGGGACUGGGUGGAUGUUUCGAAGUAGGAAUGGAGUUUGAUGCGCAAUUCAUCGAAUUAGCUAGCCCAAAUACACCGACAGGUACGGGACCAUUAGAUCUCUUUGAUUUGUCUUUAGAAAGUAAGUUGAACGAUGAUGAGAGCUGGGUAGAAAAUAUCGAGAGAUGGUGGUGUAAUGGUGAUGAGAGGAAUAGGAAGGGCAUGUGGGUACAAGGUAGGAAGGUGGCGUGA